AUGAACGCCCUUAAGCUCCAGAAGCGAUUUCCGCAGCUGGACCAGGGUGAGAUUUUCUCCCUCCAGGACGCAUUCCACAAGCUGGAUAUCGACGAUCGUGGCUACUUGGAUGAAGCCUCGGUGAUCAAGGCUACCCAACAGUCCGAGCGACAGCCAUACGACGUGGUGCGCCAGACCUUGAAGGGUGUGGAACUCGAUAGUUCUCGGCGCGUAGAGCUCGAGGACUAUAUCGAUUUAGUCGCGAGACUCCGUUCGGGGCCAGCCCCUGGUGCUCAAGGUGGAUCUAGUCCCGCGGCUGUAAUCCAAGGAGCGGGGGCUAGAGCCGGCGCGGGCGCUGGUGGACCCCGUCAUGUUUCCAAAGGAAGUGUUGGUGGUAAAAUUCACGUCCAGGGCUCAUCGGCCAAUGUCACACAUACAAUCAACGAGGACGAGCGGACGGAGUUCACGCGGCACAUCAAUGCAAUCCUGGCUGGCGAUCCGGAUAUUGGCCACCUUCUGCCCUUCCCUACCGACACCUUCGAGAUGUUCGAUAAGUGCAAGGAUGGAUUGGUGCUUGCCAAAUUGAUCAAUGAUAGUGUGCCUGACACUAUUGAUGAACGUGUUUUAAACAAGGCAGGAAAGAGGAUCAAGGAAUUGAACGCCUUCCACAUGACUGAGAACAAUAAUAUCGUCAUCAACUCUGCCAAGGGUAUCGGCUGUUCAGUCGUGAAUAUUGGAAGUGGAGACAUCAUUGAAGUUCGUGAGCACUUGAUCUUGGGUCUGAUCUGGCAGAUCAUUCGCCGUGGUCUGCUGGGUAAGAUCGAUAUCAAACUCCACCCUGAGCUUUAUCGACUCUUGGACGAGGAUGAGACUCUGGAACAGUUCCUACGCCUGCCUCCAGAGCAGAUCCUACUUCGUUGGUUUAACUAUCACCUCAAGAACGCGAAAUGGGACCGAAGAGUCUCUAAUUUUUCGACCGAUGUCAAGGAUGGUGAAAAUUACACGGUUCUCUUGAACCAACUGGCCCCGGAUGUCUGUUCUCGCAGCCCCCUUCAGACUGGAGACUUACUUCAACGAGCUGAGGAGGUUCUUUCCAAUGCCGAUAAGCUUGAUUGCCGAAAGUUUUUGACUCCGACCUCCCUCGUGGCCGGAAACCCGAAGCUGAACCUUGCAUUUGUCGCCAAUUUGUUUAAUACGCACCCAGGAUUGGAUCCUAUCACGGAAGAGGAGAAACUCGAAGUGGAAGACUUUGAUGCUGAAGGAGAGCGUGAGGCCCGCGUAUUCACACUCUGGCUGAACUCCCUUGAUGUGCAACCAUCGGUAAACUCUCUCUUUGACGACCUACGUGAUGGCACUAUUCUCCUGCAAGCCUAUGACAAGGUCAUCCCCGGAAGCGUUAAUUGGCGACACGUCAAUAAACUCCCGGCAUCCGGUGGCGAGUUGAUGCGUUUCAAGGCAGUAGAGAACACAAAUUAUUCAAUUGAGCUAGGAAAAGCAAACGGGUUCUCUCUGGUAGGUGUCCAGGGUGCUGAUAUCACAGAUGGUCAGCGAACCCUCACACUCGGGUUGGUAUGGCAGUUGAUGCGUCGGGAUAUCACCAAUACGCUGUCUGCCCUGGCUCAAAGACUUGGAAAGCGUGAAAUUACCGACUCGGAGAUGAUUCGAUGGGCCAAUGACAUGUCCAAGAGCGGCGGCCAGUCAUCUUCGAUCCGCAGCUUCAAGGACAAGUCUAUUGGAACUGGCCUGUUCCUUCUGGAUGUACUGAAUGGCAUGAAGAGCAGCUAUGUUGACUAUGACCUGGUCACCGCUGGUCGGACCGAUGAAGAGGCAUACGCCAACGCCAAACUGAGUAUUAGUAUUGCCAGAAAGAUGGGGGCUACUAUCUGGCUGGUGCCGGAGGAUAUCUGCCAAGUGCGCUCGCGCCUGGUCACUACCUUCAUUGGCUCCCUCAUGGCCACACACGAGAAGAUGUAA